AUGGGUCCGGGAGCCGACUCUGCCCACCUCAGAGCCAAGGCACAGCAUGCAGCUGCGGCGACUCCCUUGCCUCCUGCUGGCAUGAAGGGCGCCGACCCGUCGCUGAGAGACAGGAUCAUCAGAGCAGGAGACGAGCGCCCGUCGUUGAUGGAGGCGAACAUGAUGCAACUGACGGAGGAUGUGGAGCGACAGCUGAUGCGAGGGGAUGGGGACUGGAUCAUCGACCUCAUCAUCAAGUGCGUCUGCAAGCUCGGGAGCAAAGUGCCCGUCCUGGGCGUGCUGGUCGGCAUGGUCAACGUGGAGCACCCUGAGUUCGGGAAGCGGGUGAUCAACGCCGUCCAUGCUCGCCUGGAGGAUGCGGUCAGGGUCGACGAUUUCCUGUCGCAGAAGCUCGUCCUCCGCUUCUCCGCGGCCCUGUGCAGCAGCGGCGUCCUCUACAUGUCCGGACUCGUCGGCCUUCUGCACGACUUCCUGACGGUGACGCGCGACACGAGAGCCCACUUUCGUCGUCGCGACCUCUGUGCAUACCUGGUCAUGAGCACUAUACCCUACUGCUGCGAGACCCUGCGGGAGCACAAGCGAGAGGAGCUGGAAGAGAUCUUCGGCAUCCUCCGCGACUACAUGCAGCGACGCCCGCCGGUGAAGGAGCUGCUGGACGGCUGCCUGAGCAUGUUCCAGUCCUUCCCGCCUGUGGACCCUGGUCCCCUUGACGCGGUGGAGGACGCGUGGGAGAUGGUGCUGUGCUUGAUGGAGGCGCGGUGGAUCCGCCCAGACUGUCUGGUCACUCCGCUCAACGACGGGACAGGUCGAGUGUCGUCGCGCCUCCGCCGUUCGCCUACUCAACACCAGAUGCCAACUUUGCUGAUAGAGGGAACCAAGAGCAGGCCCAAGGGGGUCAGGAGGAUCCCUGUCAGCUUCCGGCUGCUGCCCUCCCUCAUCGAGGUUCCUGUUCCCAACCUGUGGGUCAUCCAGGACUGCGUCCGGGACAUCCUGCACUUCUUCGCGGGGACAAGGGACUUGUUUGAGCCCGAGCUGAAGAACCAGCCCGGGGUCGGGGGGCUGAAGGGCAACGUGGUGGAGGGAGCGAAGCAGAUCCUGAACCUCCCGUCGAUCCCCAAGUUCGAGGGGGUUGUUGUUGAAGCGAUCCUUUCCGAGAUGCUGCGGCUGCCCAACUCGACACACCCUGUGGCCUACUACGCCUCGACCCUCAUAGAGCUCUGCAGGCUCCAGAGUACGAUGCACCCGGCGCUGGGAGCAGCGAUCAACUACCUCUUCGACGCGGUGCCGACGAUGCAGGCGGAGUGCGUUGACCGGGUGGUGGAGUGGCUUUCCCUUCACUUCUCCAACUUCGACUGGAAGUGGCUGUGGGCCGACUGGCUGGACGUUGUCAUGCUGCCGGACCACUCGCCGAAGCGCAGGUUCGUGGCCGCGCUACUUCAGCGCUGCGUCCGCCUCUCCUACUUCGAGCGGAUCCAGAACGCCGUGACGGUGGAGGGAGCGCUGGACCUGAUGGGGCUCAUCGACAAGGAGACCGGAGCCAUCGCGCCCUCGGAGUACAUCGAGGAUCACAUGCGGGAGCUCGUGACGGAGGUGCAGGACAUGGUGUCGCUCUCUCGAAGGGAGGAGUGCUCCGUGCUCGAAGAGUUCGUGGCAAACAGCCUCAGCGACCUCACUUCAGAGACGCCGACCGCUGACCGAGCCAAGAUCCUGGUGGCCGCCAUGGUGUACGAGGGGAGGGAGAGCUUCAGCCAUGUCCUCGGCAUCGUCGGCAGGUACCUCAAGGUCCUCCGCUCCUGCGUGGAGGGCGAGCAGGAGCAGUUCGCAUGCGCCACGGCGAUCUCGCACACGUGGAAGAAGAACCCGCAGUGCUUCGUGAUGGUGAUGGACAAGUUCGUAGCGAUGAAGCUCAUCUCCCCCAUCAACCUCGCCAAGUGGCUGCUCUCGUCCUUCGAGUACGUGGAGGGGAGGGGAGACGCUGUGUGGGAGCUCAUGAUCAUGGCGAUCCGGAAGCCGGUGGAGCUGGUGAGGACGGUGAGGAGGGAUUUGUCAGAGGCCCAGAAGGAGCUGGACAAGCUGAAGCAGACGAGCGACGAGGAGGAUGAGGAGAUGAUCCAGAAGGCGGACAGGAUCUCUCGCAUCAAGAACGUGCUGCGCUCCUCCACUCGGGACCAGGAUGACAUCCUCAUCGCCGUCAUCCGCGGGCUGGUGCUGCUGGCUAACGAAUGCUACGAGAGGAAGGAGGAGAAGGAGAAGGAGGAGGACAACAACGAGACAGAGGAGAGUGGCAACAAGAAGCCAAAGCUCGACCCCGAGCAGGCGGGAGAUGGCGCCGACGCCAAGAAUGGCGACGCCAUGGACGCGGAGACGAAGGAAGAGGAGGAGGAGGAGGAUGAGGCGUCCAAGACCAAGAGCAGUAAGCGGAAGCACAAGAAGCGGUCUGAAGGAAACGACAAGGACUCCGUCUGGAUGCGCAUCCUCCAUGGCCGCAUCAUGCAGGUGGGAAGGCAGUACGGAGCACAGCUCCAUGACUGCCAUGACCUGCUGGAGGACGAGUUGGCGUCGAUCACGAUCCAGGACGAGCAGCUGCGCAAGCUCCUCUCAUCAUUGCAGCGACUGCGAUGA